UCAACACUGCCGCGAUCCUCGUUCGGUUCGUUUCCGCGUGUUCCAGUGUGAAAACAACUUCGCAGUUCGAUCGGUGUGCUCGUUUUUUCCUUUCCACUUUGAACUGUUCGACGAAAGUGCUGUUUUGUUGUUGUUGUACUAUCCUCAAGGAUGAAUCUCGUCUCUCCGAUGGAUCUUCAGAUGCAUCUCCACCAGCAGAUGCUGUACACGCAGCAGCAGAUGACCCUCCAUCACCAUCGACCAGAAGAAAUAGCUCACACCAACGGCUGGCUCGUGCCCCCCAGUCCCGGGGCAGGACCCUCGUUGCCUCACGGCGUCAAGAUCGAGCUCCAGAACAAGAAGCUUUGGCGGCAAUUUCACGCGGAGAGUACCGAAAUGAUAAUCACGAAGCUUGGGCGGCGAAUGUUCCCCGCCGUCCAACUGAACGUCUCCGGCCUGGAGAGUCGCGCCCGUUACUGUCUCCUGCUGGAAAUAGCUCCGGCCUCCCGCCGCCGUCACAAGUACGUGGGAGCGAGCGGCGAGAAUUCGUCGACUCCUGGGGCAACGCGGGGCUGGACGUCGGCGGGGCCGGCGGAGCCGCAGCCCCGCAUCAACCGGAGAGUGUACCUCCACCCGGACAGUCCUGCGACGGGGCAUCACUGGAUGCAGCAUCCGGUCAGCUUCGGCAAGCUCAAGCUGACCAACAACGCGGUCGAUCACCACAACAACGUGGUCCUCACUUCCAUGCACAAAUACAUACCCAGAAUAUGGAUCAUUCGAUGCGACGACCUCGCCAACAUGAACAACCUCUACAGUCAACCUUCCGCCUCGUUCACCUUCGACGAAACCGAGUUCAUCGCUGUCACCGCUUAUCAGAACGAGAACAUCACGAAGCUGAAGAUCAACAACAAUCCGUUUGCGAAGGGCUUCCGAGAGACGGGUCAGUCGCGCUGCAAGAGGAAACUGCAUCAAAUGAACGAGAGGAGCGAGUCGAGCGCGGAGGACAGAAGCGCCUGCGAGGAGGAGGAAGAAAACGCAUCGUCGUCGGAGUCGGAGUCUCAUAGGCCGAGGAGAAGUUCCGAGAGCGAGGGAAAUCGGCCGAGGAGAGCUCUGAGCGAGGCGGGCAGCUUGGACGACAGCGGAGUCAGCAGCUCCGGAGGAAGCACGCCGCCGUUGGCCCACUCGCCGGGGAAUUACACUCGAUCGCCGUUGCGGACGCAGGAGAACGAGCGCAGAAGCGAGAGCGCUCAGCAGCCGGCGCGCCUGCACAGACCGUGGGCGGACUCGUCGUCGCCGACUCAACAUAUUCAUCACCGAGUCCAAGAAUCUCCGUUAGCGGCACCCUCCGCCACUCACCCAGCACUUGACUUUCAUCUCUUCAAUCCUUUUCUCCUUCCUUCCUCGCACCAGCAUCACUUGGCGGCGCUGGAAAUCGCGAGGUUCCAGCAUCAGAUGCAACAGCAUCGAUACGCGAGCCAACAUCUGGCCAAAUUCUAUCGCUGACUCGCCUCGUCGAAACUGCGAAUAAGAUAAAAUGUACAGAAAUAUGAAGAAAUUUUUUAACUUAUCAUUCCCAAUAUAAAAUCAAGCAAAACGUGCCAACUCCGAAAAAAAAGAUAGACCGAAAAUCUCAGUUUCUUUCAUCAGCACCAAAGGCUAGUGAAAUUGUAUUUCAUUGCUGCUGAACAACCGCCGAAUAUACCUAAGAAUCAGCGUGCAAAUAACAGACUACUGAUCUUGACCGAUCGCGUAUCCGGCAACGAAGAAGAGACACAAAGCUUAUGCUCCUU